UGGGUAGUACUGGUGUCGGAGGGGGCGGUGGCGGCGGCGGCGGUGUCGGUAUGGAAGUGGCCGACGAAACAGUGUCGACUACGAAAAAGUCGGGUUCGGGUGUCCGCCGUACGGAAAAACCGCCAUUUUCCUACAUAGCCCUGAUAGUGAUGGCCAUACAGCAGUCGCCGUCGAAACGGUUGACCCUAUCGGAGAUCUAUCAGUAUUUGCAGACAAAGUUUCCGUUUUUUCGUGGGACAUACCAGGGCUGGAAAAACUCCGUACGCCAUAAUCUGUCGCUGAAUGAAUGUUUUAUUAAACUACAAAAAGGUAUCGGCCGGCCGGGUAAAGGUCACUACUGGACAAUCGACCCGUCGUGCGAGUAUAUGUUCGAGGAGGGCAGUUUCAGGCGCCGGCCCCGCGGUUUCCGAUUGAAACGCCAGUCGCAAAUCAAAUCGUACAGUUCGGGCGGGCCGGGCGGGCCGUCGGCUUUUGUCUAUCCGUUACCGCCGCCAACCUAUACGUACGAUACUGUUUCGGGCACUGGUAUACCGUCGCUAACAUCGGCAGCCUUAUCGGCGUUUGCCAACAGCAGCGGCAGCCAUGCAAACAACAACAAUAACUCGAGUCCACCGAUCGGCGGACAUACAUCAGAUGGCAUCGGCGGCGGCUAUCUUACCGACGGUAUGACCAGUAUGUGUAUCACAACAUCGCCCUAUUAUCAUAGCAACAAUAGUCCCACAACCAUAUAUACUACCGAAUCUAUGGCCGGUGGCCAGUCGUGUAUUGUAGGCCAACAUCAGUCGACGCCCACCAGCGUUGUCCACCACCACCACCACAACCAACACCACCAUCAGCAGCAACACCAACACCACAAUACUUCGUCAUCGUCGCCGCCCGCCUACUAUAACCCGUCGCCGACGUCGCCCUGCAGUGGCGGUGGUGGUGGUGUCUACUCGCCCGACCAGUUGGUAGUAUCGGGUGCUACCGGUACCUGUAUUGUACCGCCGUUGUCGGCCAGCGGUUCAGUUGGUGCCACCACAUCUAUUACAUCCUACUAUACGCCGUCACCGACCGGUAGCGGUUCGGGCAGUACAGCACUGUUACUAUCAAAUGCCAAUAGCUAUCUGAAUACUACCCCUGAAUACAAGUUUAGUCCAACUGAUAGCUAUAAUACUACUACUAAUAAUAAUAAUACAACAGCAGCCAAAACAUCCUACAGUUCCUCAGUAUCGCCCGUUUCUCAACUACAACAACAACAUCACGACCCCUGGCCAACGGUAAUGCCGCCGAUGACCACAAACUAUUAUAGCCAAUAGAAAUGAAUAGAUAGUUAUAUAUACAGUAUAUAU